AUGCAGGCGGUGGAGAGAGAUCGAGGGAGAGAAAAAGAGAGAGAGAUUGAAUCCAGUGUGAUAAGGAACAUUUAGAUCUAAUGGUCAGUGGUACACCGGUGAGGGACUUAAUUGAGUCCCUCUUAAACCAUUAGCCAUGGCACAAACUACAGAGGAAAAAUAUGAUGAAAAAGUUCCAUUCUACAAGCUCUUCAGUUUUGCUGAUAAACUUGAUGUAACAUUGAUGAUUAUUGGUGUCAUUUGUGCCGUGGCUAAUGGUUUGUCUCGACCUCUCAUGGCACUCAUUUUUGGGAAACUCAUCAACACCUUUGGCUCAACCGGUCCAUCAAACAUUGUCCAUGAAGUGUCUAAGGUCGCGUUAUUAUUUGUUUACCUUGGUAUUGGCUGUGGAAUAGCAUUAUUUCUACAGGUAACAUGUUGGAUGGUGACAGGAGAAAGACAAGCCACACGAAUUCGUGGCUUGUACUUGAAAACUAUAUUAAAGCAAGAAAUUUCUUACUUUGAUACUGAAGCAACAAGUGGAGAAGUUAUUGGAAGAAUGUCUGAAAAUACCAUUCUCAUUCAAGAUGCCAUAUCAGAAAAGGUUGGGAAGUUUAUACAAAUUAUUUCAUAUUUUUUGGGUGGAUAUGUGAUUGCCUUUACAAAAGGGUGGGAACUCAGUCUUGUUUUACUCGCAUGCGUUCCUUGUUUUAUCAUUAUUGGUGGAUUUAUGUCAAUGAUGAUGGCGAGAAUGUCAAUUCGUGGACAAAUUGCUUAUUCAGAAGCUGGAGCUGUUGUAGAACAAACAGUUGGAGCCAUUAGAACAGUAGCUUCUUUUACUGGUGAGGAAAAAGCAAUUGAGAAGUACCAUAAGAAGUUAAAAAUUGCUUAUUAUAGUACAGUUCAACAAGGGUUAGCAUCAGGGACAGGAAUGGGAUUACUUUUGCUUAUUGUGAUUGGCACCAAUGCACUUGCUAUGUGGUAUGGUUCCAAAUUGAUCAUUGCGAAAGGAUAUAAUGGUGGACAUGUCUUCAAUAUAAUCAUAUCAAUUAAUACUGGUGGAAUAUUAAUGUCCCUUGGUCAAGCAACACCAAUCCUAAAUGCAUUUACAACUGGCAAAGUAGCAGCAUAUAAGAUGUUUGAGACAAUUAAAAGAAAACCAAAAAUUGAUGCAUAUGACACAAGUGGUACUGUCUUGGAAAACAUAAAGGGAGAUAUUGAACUCAAGGAUGUUUACUUUAGAUACCCUACAAGACCAGAUGUGCAUAUAUUUUCUGGAUUCUCAUUCUAUAUUCCAAGUGGCACAACUGCUGCUUUUGUUGGUCAAAGUGGUAGUGGAAAGUCAACUAUAAUUAAUUUAUUAGAAAGAUUCUAUGAUCCUGAAGCUGGAGAAGUGCUUAUAGAUGAUGUCAACUUGAAGAAUUUUCAAGUUAGAUGGAUAAGAGAACAGAUUGGGCUUGUUUGUCAAGAACCUGUCUUGUUUACCGCUAGUAUCAAGGAGAACAUAGCAUACGGGAAAGAAGGUGCAAGUGACGAGGAGAUAACAACGGCAAUAACACUUGCCAAUGCCAAAAUAUUCAUUGAUCAACUCCCUCAGGGUCUUGAUACAAUGGUAGGUCAUGGAACUCAACUUUCUGGUGGACAAAUACAAAGAAUUGCAAUUGCAAGGGCAAUAUUGAAGAAUCCAAGAAUUCUUCUUCUUGAUGAAGCUACUAGUGCAUUGGAUGCUGAGUCUGAAAGUGUUGUUCAAGAAGCAUUGGAAAAAGUAAUGUCACAAAAGACCACCGUAGUUGUUGCACAUCGUUUAAUAACUAUUAGAAAUGCUGACAUCAUAGCAGUGGUUCAUCAGGGAAAAAUUGUGGAAAAAGGCAUUCAUGAUGAGUUAAUCAAGGAUCCUUUUGGUGCUUAUUCUCAGCUUAUUAGUCUACAAGAAGGAUCCGAGGAAGCAAAAGAAAGCCAUAAUUCUGAAACAGACGAGUCGAAGAACAGUUUCAAUUUAGAUAGUCAUGUGACUAGAACAUCCUUUGCAAAAUCAAUAAGCCAAGGUUCAUCUAGAACUAAUGAUGAUGUUGAAAGUAGUGAACUUGAUAACGUGAAGGGCCAAAAAGUUUCUAUUAAACGUUUGGCAAAGUUGAAUAAGCCCGAGGUUCCUGUCUUACUACUUGGAUCCAUAGCGGCAGCAGUACAUGGUGUUAUUUUUCCUAUGGCUGCCCUAUUUCUUUCAUUAGCUGUUAAUACUUUCUAUGAACCUCCUGAGAAACUUAGAAAAGAUUCUGAGUUUUGGUCACUUUUAUCUCUUGGUUUGGGUUUUAUAACUCUAGUGGCUAUACCAGUGCAGAACUACUUAUUUGGAAUUGCUGGUGGAAAACUUAUAGAAAGAAUUCGAUCAUUGACAUUUAAUAAGGUCGUGCACCAAGAAAUCAGUUGGUUUGACCACCCUUCAAAUUCAAGUGAGGCAGUUUGUGCAAGGUUAGCUACUGAUGCUUCAACUGUGAGAAAUCUUGUCGGUGACACAUUAGCCCUCAUGGUGCAAAACAUAGCAACAGUUACAGCGGGACUAGUUUUAGCAUUUACUGCUAAUUGGAUUCUAUCUUUUGUGGUUCUAUCCGUGUCAUCAUUGUUGCUCAUACACGAAUACAUUAAAACCAAGUUUCUAAAAGGAUUCAGUGCAGAGGCAAAGGUGAAGUAUGAAGAGGCAAGUAAAGUGGCAAAUGAUGCUGUUGGGAGCAUCAGAACCGUUGCAUCAUUUUGUGCGGAAGAAAAAAUGAUGGAAAUGUACCAGAAAAAAUGUUCAGCUCCAGAAAAACAAGGUGUUAGGUUAGGGCUUAUUAGUGGUAUAGGAUUAGGUUUCUCUUACUUUGCUCUAUACUGCACAAUUGCUUUCUAUUUCUACGUAGGAUCCAUUCUUGUGCACCACGGGAAAGCAACUUUUGGAGAGGUUUUCAAGGUUUACUUUUGUUUAACAGUUACAGUAGUAAGUGUUUCAAAGACACUAGCUGUAGCACCAGAUACCAACAAGGCUAGAGAUUCAACAGCUUCAAUGUUUGAAAUUCUUGAUAGUAAACCAACAAUUGACUCAAGUAAUAAUGACGGUACGAUACUAGAAACUGUGAAAGGUGAUAUUGAACUUCAACAAAUCAAAUUUAGAUACCCAACAAGGCCUAAUGUUCAAAUUUUCCAAGAUUUGUGUCUAAGCAUCCCAGCCGAAAAGGUAAUCAAUAACAAAUUUAGUAAUCUCAUAAGACUUCAAUUCAUAUACACUACUGUUGCUUUGGUUGGAGAAAGUGGCUGUGGAAAAUCAACAAUUAUAAGUCUCUUAGAGAGAUUUUAUAACCCUGAUUCUGGACAUAUAUUACUAGAUGGAGUGAAUAUUAAAAUGUUUAGACUAAGCUGGUUAAGACAACAAAUGGGUUUGGUUGGUCAAGAGCCUAUUCUUUUCAAUGAAAGCAUUCGCGCCAACAUAGCUUAUGGAAAAAAAGGAAGUACUGCAACAGAAGAUGAAAUAAUUGCAGUAGCAAAAGCAGCAAAUGCACACAACUUCAUAAGUUCUCUUCCAAAUGGUUACGAAACAUUGGUCGGCGAAAGUGGCACACAUUUAUCAGGUGGACAAAAGCAACGUAUAGCAAUUGCAAGAGCCAUAUUGAAAGAUCCCAAAAUACUUUUAUUUGAUGAAGCAACAAGUGCACUUGAUGACGAGUCAGAACUCAUAGUUCAAGAGGCUUUAGAUAGAGUGAGUGUUAGUAGAACUACUGUUGUUGUGGCUCACCGUCUUGAGACGACUAAAGGUGCUGAUAUUAUAGCUGUAGUGAAAAAUGGAGUGAUUGCUGAAAAUGGUAGACAUGAUUUGCUGAUGAAUAUUGAUGGUGGAGUUUAUGCUUCAUUGGUUGCUCUUCAUAUUAGUGCAUCAUAGAUUUAUACUUAUUUGCAAAUAUUUUGCAUAUAAAUGGAUAGUGUACCAGCUUUGAUUGUAUGAAAUUUUGUUGCCGGAUCAUUUGUGAUCAUUAUAUAUGAUCUAAUCUAA